UAAAAUAAAGGAAAGGGCACAGUCCCGGGUUCUAAGGAGCCCAGGAUUCAAGGAGAACGAACGGACAAUAACGAUGCCGAGGCAACGGCAAUGACAGGCAAUUUUAAUAGAAUCUGCGUCGGGUAUGGGUCUACGGACUUAACUUGGUGCGUGCCUCGGCCUCAGGACAUCCAGGACAGCUUCAAUUUGCACCACCAGCCUAUGGGUUUUCAAUGAACUGGGAAACAGGAUGCGGCAUCCAAAGGGGUUGGGGAAAUGAUUUAUACUCCCGUCCAGAGUCAACAAUCAAUGUUCAAAAUUCGAUGAAUAAAACCUGUUGAAAUCCAAGAGAUUAAUGUAAAUAUUUUUGUAUUUUCCUGUAAAAUAAUGUACCAUCUCUAGUAAUUGCGAUUUCUAUGGAAUUAUUACCAAUUAUAUGGUUCCAAAUUAAGAAAUUUAUUUUAUAUGAUAGACCAGUUCCGAUUACUUAGCCAAACAAUGAAGUUACUACUACUGGUCUUCUGCGGAAUCGCGAAAACUUGGGCUCAUGUGGAGUUGAUCAUCAAUGAUGCCUUUUAUGAAGCGAUUGUUAGUACUUUUCCCGAUCAGAACAUUAUCUUUUCCACCGAAAUGAUUCGGUCCAGCAUGCUCUAUAUUUACGUGGGAGUGGAGAAUACCGGGUCAAAUCAAAUAGAGGAGGCACUGCACUUCCAGGGCCUAAAGCUGUCCGACUACAAGCCGGACUCUGAAAAGAUCCUCAACAUGCUGUGGCAGGAUAACCCGGUGGCCAAGAGCACGACUCGCUUUUUUGUGGAACAGAGUCUUAAAAUGUCCAAUGAGUAUCGAAUGUUUAUGAGGCAUACGGAGGGAAAGGCCCAAAAUAUCGCCUUUAAUACCGAGAAGCUAAAGAAAGUCAAUGAAUUCUACAAGAGGGAAAUGGGCGAACAGAUGGGCGAUGUAAUCAACGAGUCCUACUGGAAGCCGGACAACAUGGGCCUUCUGGUCAACGCCAUGUACUUUAAUCUCAGUUGGGAGCGCACCUUCAAUCCGGGGGCCACCUACGACCGAGAAUUUCGAGUCAGCAGUCAAAGGACAAUCAAUGUUCCCAUGAUGCACGAGGACAGUAAGUUUGCAUUUGGCGACCUGGAAAAACUACAGGCCACCGCCCUGCUUCUACCAUUUUCUAAGGGGAACUUGUCCAUGCUCCUGGUCAAGCCGAAUCAGCCUAAUGGACUGAGUGACCUGGAAAAGCAGCUCUCCAAGCUGGAUAUUCAUGACCUGACGACCGGGCUCUCUAUGGCGGAGGUCUUUGUGGGCAUUCCCAAGUUUCAUGUCCGCUGUGACUUGGAGUUAAGACCGGCGCUGGAGAAAAUCGGCAUUAAACAGAUUUUUGUGGGUAGCAAGUCUUUUUCCACUUUGCUGCAAAGAAAUGCCCCUUUUCAGAUAUCCGGAGUGAGACAUGUGGUUUCUUUUGAGUUUCAGGAACAAGGCAUUGGCCCUCCGCCAACAGAAGUCGGUAAUGGCAGCUUGACUCAUACCUUCAAUGAAGUGAAAUACUUUCUCUUAACUCAUCCUUUUGCCUUUUAUAUCAUUGAUAAGGAGUCCACUUUUUUCGCAGGACAUGUAACAACUUUCUAGCUUUGUUUUGACGAAAUAAUCCUAUGCCUAAUACUCUGUUAUAUCUUCGUAUAUACAUUUUAUUUUUAUCAAAAUUCUGGUUUUAUUUGUUUGCCUUGUCAAAAUUUCUGGAGUCCCAAGCAUAUUUUUAAAUCCUGUAUCAUACCGUUUUCGUAUUGAGCUCAUUGUAAAUUUCAAUAAUUACAUACAUCAAAAUGAAUCAUGAAACCGUCCAGAAGUCUGAUGCUAAGAUGCGAAGCUCUGAGCUACGUACCCUCGAAAUUUUGGGUUACCCUGUACGGAUUGUCCAAUCUGAGCCGCGUUUCAAAGUCGAAGUCAUCGUAAAGUCCUCUAACUUUGAUCAGGUGGGAAGCCCCGAUCCCCGGGUCGGGUGCACACUGCUCUUCACUUGCCCGGAUCAGUACCCUCAAGCGCCACCAACGGUCCGCAUUGUGAAGAAGAGGAAUUUUCCGGACUUCCUGGAUCUUCUGAUGCUCACGGAGUUUGGGAGAUUGAAGGGUUCGGGACGUGGCCGGCAGCAGAUCGUCCGAAUGGUCACAAAGGCUAGAGCCUUGGUGGAGCAAAUGGCGAGGCAAAUGAAAAAGGAGCUGCGUUUGUUUCAGGAUGCCGAAGAGUUGGAUGUGCUCUAACAUCAAUACCUCAAAAUUUUUCUUGUAGAAUAAAAUUUGUAAAAAGUAAGGAAGAGUAAAAUAUGAUUGGAGAAGCGUA